AUGGCACAAAUUAUCAAUCACCCUUCCUAUGUACGAUAUCUUGAGGAAUCACCUAGUCUUCCACCUCUUCAAUAUAGAGAUGGGAAGAAUGGCUCACGUGAGUCUGUGAAAUAUGAGUCUAAAGCUACUCAAACCACUGAAAUAGAGCCUAUUGAGAUUCAAUCCGCCGAUGAAGAGGUUAUUGAGAUUCAAACCACUAAAAUAGAGCCUAUUGAGACUUAA